UCCCACAUACAAAAUAGAGGAAGAUUGGCACAGAUCUUAGCUCAGGGACAGUCUUCCACGAACAAAAAGUGGAAGGUUGGUAGCAGAUGUUAGCUCAGGGCCAAUCUUCCUCUCACACACAACCAAAAAACCCAACUGUGCAUGUACUUUCUAGUCCAUCACCUCUGGAAAUGCUUGCUCACCCUCUCCUUUUGGGGACCCUCAAAGGUACACCAAAGAUUGCGUUAGUGCAAGUUACACCUGUGACUUUUGCUGUCUGAUUCUGACAUCUUUAAAAUGCCUCCACAAUUGGGUACCUGCAUUGAUUUUUCUCAAUAAGCAAGAGUCUGGAAGAACUGAAUUGUAUUUUCCUUUCUUUAAGUGUUGAAGAAAGAGAGGGUACUAGGAGUAAAAAGAGAGUGAUAUAUGAAUAAAAUAGAGUGCUCACAGCCGUUUAAGAAUAAACUUGCUUCUGCUUUUCUGUGGUCUUUCCCUUUUUCUCUCAUUUAUUCAUGAUGAGCAUUCAUACAUUCUGCUUUCAAGUUGGGUAGAGGUUAGGAACACAGGCGUUAGACUCGUACCUGGGUUUGACUCCCAUUUCCAGAACUUUCUGGUUGUUUCAACUUGAACCAGCCAGUCUCUCUGAGUCUGGAGAAAAUGACCAUUAAAUGAGAUAAUAAAAUCAAAAGGCUUUGCUCAGUCCUAGGUGCCUAAUAAAUGCUCAAAGGCGGUAGCCAUUUUGAGAAUGGUUUCAUUCUCUUUUUUAGAAGGAGAUAGCUAAUGCAUUCUUUCAAAGAGAAAACCUUUAAUCCUACUCAUUCCCACAUAAGCCUUCUGGGACCAUUCAUCUUUUAACUCAGAAAAACGUUUCACAUCUUUCUGGUUAAUAUGGGCAGGUACCCCAGCAUUUAUAGGACCUAUUAGACUUGUCCACUCUUCUUAACAAUGGGAUUGCAUUCUCUGUUAGGCUAGCAGGUUAUGUCUAGAUCCUUGGUAUGUCAGGGGCCAAACCAACAAGCAUGCACAGGUUCAAAAACUGCAUGAUUUUAUGGCCUAGAACAGAGGUCAGCAAACUUUCUGCAAAGGACGAGAUAGUAAAUAUUUUCUACUUUGCGGGCCACCUGGGUCUCUGUUGCACCUACUCAACUCUGCCAGUCUAUCAAGAAAGCAGCCAUAGACAUAAAUGAAUGAGUGUCCGUGUUCCAGUAAAACUUUGUGGACACUGGUAUUUGAAUUUUAUAGAAUAUUUAUAUGGCAUGAAAUAUUUUUUAAAUUUUUUCAGCCGUUUAAAAAAUGGUAUGUACAGGCAGCAGCUGGGUUUGACCCAUACAUGGGCUAUAGUUUGCUGACCUCUUGCCUAGAAGCCUGUUAGAUCCCUAAGUCCUAUACAUUUGUGGGGUCACCAAGCAACACUCCCCUCUCACCCCCUACCCCCACCCGCUAACACACACACACACUGCCAUUCGCCACCUCAAGUAUUCUAUACUUUUGGUAUGGCAGCUUAGUCUGAUGCCCCCAUCUUCCCCAUUAGGAUGAAAUUCCAGUAGGUUACUUGUUAUUAGUUAUAGUGUGUGGCCUUCCCUUCUUAGCACACACAUUAUACUGUAUCACCAGGUAGUUUUAUUUAUUGCUAAAAAUGUUGUCACCUUGUGCAGUUUUCCAUAGAGCCUGAUGAUUGAACCCUGUCGUGUGUGUGACGGUAUUGAAGGGAGUCAGUGCCUUUGGAGCUAUCUGAACAGAAUUAAGAAGAAAGAGCUUCUACAAUCACAGCAGAUGAAGAUCCACUGGUAAAUCGAUCAGGAUUUUUGGCCUGCCCUCUAAAGAAAAGGAGCGGAAAGAAUGUCGGAGCGGGCCGCGGAUGACGUCAGGGGGGAGCCGCGCCGAGCGGCGGCGGCGGGCGGAGCGGCGGCCGCGGCCGCCCGGCAGCAGCAGCCCCAGCAGCAGCAGCCGCCGCCGCCGCAGCAGCCCCAGCGGCAGCAGCCGCCACGGCGCCUACGGCCGGAGGACAGUGGCCCCGGCGCCGCCUCCACCUCGGCCGCCACCGCAAUGGCGACCGUCGGAGAGCGCAGGCCCCUGCCCAGUCCCGAAGCGAUGCUGGGGCAGUCGUGGAAUCUGUGGGUCGAGGCUUCCAAACUUCCUGGGAAGGACGGGACGGAAUUGGACGAAAGUUUCAAGGAGUUUGGGAAAAACCGAGAAGUCAUGGGGCUCUGUCGCGAAGACAUGCCAAUAUUUGGUCUCUGUCCCGCCCACGAUGAUUUCUACUUGGUGGUGUGUAACGACUGUAAUCAGGUUGUCAAACCGCAGGCAUUUCAAUCACAUUAUGAAAGAAGACAUAGCUCAUCCAGCAAGCCUUCUUUGACCGUUCCUCCCACUUCAGUAUUUUCCUUCUUCCCUUCUCUGUCCAAAAGCAAAGGAGGCAGUGGAAGUGGAAGCAGCCGUUCUUCCAGUGGAGGUGUUCUAAGCGCAUCCUCAUUAAGUUCCAAGUUGUUGAAAUCGCCCAAAGAGAAACUGCAGCUCAGGGGGAACACCAGGCCAAUGCAUCCCAUUCAACAAAGUAGAGUCCCCCAUGGUAGAAUCAUGACGCCCUCUGUCAAAGUGGAAAAGAUUCAUCCGAAGAUGGAUGGCACACUACUGAAAUCUGCGGUGGGGCCAACCUGUCCUGCUACUGUGAGUUCCUCAGUCAAGCCUGGCCUUAACUGCCCCUCAAUACCAAAGCCACCCUUGCCUUCACCUGGACAGAUUCUGAAUGGCAAAGGGCUUCCUGCACCGCCCACUCUGGAAAAGAAGUCUGAAGAUAAUUCCAGUAACAGGAAAUUUUUAAAUAAGAGAUUAUCAGAAAGAGAGUUCGAUCCUGACAUACACUGUGGGGUCAUUGAUCUCGACACCAAGAAGCCCUGCACCCGGUCUUUGACAUGCAAGACACAUUCCUUAAUCCAGCGGAGGGCUGUCCAGGGUAGAAGAAAACGAUUUGAUGUGUUAUUAGCCGAGCACAAAAACAAAACCAGGGAAAAGGAAUCGAUUCGCCAUCUGGAUUCUCAGCAACCAACGCAGCCUCUCAGGGACCCGCAUCCCACCCCUCCUAGAACUUCACAGGAGCCACACCAAAACUCUCAUGGAGUGAUUCCUUCCGAAUCAAAGCCUUUCGUAGCUAGUAAACCUAAACCUCACACCCCCAGUCUUCCAAGGCCUCCAGGCUGCCCUGCUCAGCAAGGUGGGAGUGCCCCCAUUGACCCUCCUCCAGUCCAUGAAUCUCCACACCCUCCCCUGCCUGCCACUGAGCCAGCUUCUCGGUUAUCCAGUGAGGAGGGAGAAGGCGAUGACAAAGAAGAGUCUGUUGAAAAACUGGACUGUCAUUAUUCAGGUCAUCAUCCUCAGCCAGCAUCUUUUUGCACAUUUGGGAGCCGGCAGAUUGGAAGAGGCUAUUACGUGUUUGACUCCAGGUGGAACCGGCUUCGCUGCGCCCUCAACCUCAUGGUGGAGAAGCAUCUGAACGCGCAGCUGUGGAAGAAAAUCCCACCAGUGCCGAGUACCACAUCACCUGUCUCCACACGUGUUCCUCACCGGACAAACUCUGUGCCGACAUCACAAUGUGGGGUCAGCUAUCUGGCAGCAGCCACCGUGUCUACAUCCCCAGUCCUGCUGUCCUCCACCUACAUCUCCCCAAAUAGCAAAUCGGUACCAGCUCAUGGAACCACAUUAAAUGCACAGCCUGCUGCUUCUGGGGCAAUGGAUCCUGUGUGCAGUAUGCAAUCCAGACAAGUGUCCUCUUCAUCCUCAUCCCCUUCCACGCCCUCUGGCCUUUCCUCAGUGCCCUCCUCCCCCAUGUCCAGGAAACCUCAGAAGUUGAAAUCCAGCAAGUCUUUAAGACCCAAGGAGUCUUCUGGUAACAGCACUAACUGUCACAAUGCCAGUAGCAGUACCAGCGGCGGCUCAGGAAAGAAACGCAAAAACAGUUCCCCACUGUUAGUUCACUCUUCCUCCUCCUCCUCCUCCUCCUCUUCUUCUCAUUCCAUGGAGUCUUUUAGGAAAAACUGUGUGGCUCACUCUGGGCCUCCCUACCCCUCACCGGUAACAGCUUCCCACGGCAUCGGCCUCAACUGUGUGGCAAGUAAAGUGAACUCACUGAGUGUCCGGCACGAGCAGUCAGGGAGGGGCCCCCCCGGCGGGAGCCCUGCGGAAUCCAUCAAGAGAAUGAGUGUGAUGGUGAACAGCAGUGAUUCCACGCUUUCUCUUGGCCCAUUCAUUCACCAGUCCAGCGAACUGCCUGUCAACUCCCACAGUUAUUCACACUCACACACUCCUCUCGAGAAACUCAUAGGCAAGAAAAGAAAGUGCUCGCCCGGCUCAAGCAGCGUCAACAACAACAGCAGCAAACCCACAAAGGUUGCCAAAUUGCCAGCCAUGAACAACGUCCAUGUGAAACACACAGGCACCAGCCCAGGGGCGCAAGGACUGACGAACAGUUCUCUCCUUCAUCAGCCAAAGGCACGUCCCUGACAGCUGAAAAUAGUCCGGGGAGGAAUAAUCUGGACACUUUUGACGACAAGUUACACCUCCACUCAGCACUCUGGACUCCACGAUGCCUUUGAGUCUGUUUUCCCAACCUCCUGUGGGCCUCAAGGGUAGAAAUCUGCUGGGCUGUUGUUUUAACGAGGAUUUCCCUGAAGCUAUGUCUGUAGCAGUGAGUACUCGUAAAGGACACUGGAUCAAGUUCAGCCACCGAAUUGCUUUUCUCAGUGUUACAGUGGUCUGGACUGCUUGCUGCCGAACUGUGAGAAGUUGUUUUGUCUUUAACUUGCAGUCUAUCACGGAGCCACUCUUCCAGGAGGUCGGCUGGGCAAAGAAUGUUUCGAGAAGAGCGUUACUGUAGCCUUUUCUCCCUCCCUCCUCUCCCCCCUCAGGUCCCUUUCACACUGUCUUCUGUGGGUCACUCUCCAGCUUUAGGCCCCUUAACUGGAGACACCUUCUGAAGGAGAGCAGGGCUGCACGGAGUAACCCUCUGGAGAAGGGGAUCUGUCGUUAGGUGUUUAUCAAUGUUCCAGGAAUGAAUGUGGACGUUAGUGCAAGGCACCAUCACAAAAUGGCCAGUAUUUUUUCUCGGCCUUUUGUGAGUAAUUUGGGAUAAGAAGCUCUCAGAAGUUUCUAACUUACAAACUACUUUAAAGCCAUUGAUGCCCAUAGAGCAAGUAUACAUCAUUUUAGAGGCUUACUUUUCAUGGGAUAAAAGCAAUUCUGUGUGAUUUUUUUAAAAAGAAAAUGCAAAUGCAAGCUAGUUUUGAUAAUGGAAAGCCAAAUUUUGGUGGGAGGGGGUGGAUAAAAUCACUACAGGGGGAAACAUUUUUCCAAGAUUUCCAAAGAGAUGGCGUUUUUUACCCUUUAAGUCUUCAUGUAAACAGUGUGGCAGAUUGGGCUGGUUGUCCUGCCCAGUCUCCCAUUUUAAAAAAAAUUGCCUUUGUAAAGUGAGGUGAUUAGGAUGCAGCAGAAACUGUCAUUCACAGAGUCAUUAAUCUAUUUAAAUGUUUCCAGGCACUCUGUAUUACCCUUGAUCUCUCCUCUUUGGACACUAUCCUGGGUCUUUGUGUAAAUUCCUCUCUGAGCACUCCCCAUUGUGUGUGUGUGUGUCCGCACUCCCCUUCCUGCCACCACAGGUGUUUAUGUGGAUGCCGUUGGGGUGGGGAGCAGGCCCCCAGGGAGGGGAGGUAGCGCAAGUGUACCUGUCCUGUGUGGCAGAGGUAAUGUGAUGCGUGUAUAGUAUUUCUCUGACACACCCUCUUUUCUGGGGAUUAAUGCCAGCCGUCUUCCUAAGAGAGUUUUGGAGACCCUCCGGGAUGUUUUUUCUAGUACCCCACCCCAAAAGAAAGAACUUACUAUGUUAAAACAUUGUUGCUUGAGAAGGUGUCAUUGAACGUGAAGCUGGGGCUUUUUAAUAGGUGAUGCCACAACCACAGCUCCUGGAACGAGAACUGGGCUCUUUUGCUUAGGAGAACGUAUGAAGUUGCCACACACAGGGUCAAUUCCCAAAGCUCUGAUCAUCGCCCCGGUCAGGGCCUGGACAGAGCCAGUCUAGUGCAUCCUUUUUUCCCUGCAAUUCUUGGGUUACAAACUUCAGUUUCAGGGAAUUUCAAGUCAACAACAGGUAGAAUGAAUAAAUACUUGGUUACCAGCCUAAUAAUGUGAAUUACUACAGAAUUAUUCUUAUUAUGUAAGAAAGCAAAAACAUUAUGCAGAUACUUUAGCUAUAAAUUGAUGUAAAAUCUUGAUUUUUUUAAAGGAAGGGGAAACAGUAUCUUGUUCACUUAUUAUGCAAUCAAUCAGUAAAUGUUUCUUAAAUGAUGCUAUAAGAGAGCUUAGGAAGGAGAGCACGGAUGGGCCGGUUCGGUGGAGUGAGGAGAAAUCAGUCUGAUUGUUCCUUCCCACUGGAGGGAGAGGAAGGAGGUAAGAGGGAAUCAGAACGUCCUUAGUUUGAUUCCUUGGUGACAAGUGCAAUGGGGUCUGGGUAGAAUUUAUUUUCAGAGCCAAGGGGACUUGAUGGUUAUAAAUAAAGUUGCUUUUAGCGAUGGAAUUUAUAGACAGAUCAUGUUGUUCCGAAAGAUGUGAAUAGGAUCCACAAUAGCAAGUUGAUUCAGAGUAAUGUAGAUAUUUAGAUUAUCGAGUAUUGAUCAUUUGAUUUCUUAGACUGAGGUUUUAAUUGAAUUUGAUUAUGUCUCCCAGUAGUACACAGAGCAUCGGGAUUAGGAAAUUAGCCAUUUGGAAUUCUGCCUGCCACAAACAGACCUAUUCUAAACAGUGCUAUUAAAUUUUAGACUGUUGUUCAAAUAUUUUAUUUUCUCCUACAACUACUUUUUAUUAUGAUGAACAAUUAAGACCAUUUAAAACACGGGAGUACAAGUAUUUUUUUGAAUUAAAUUAACUUGCAAAAACCAAAUUUGCAGUGGUUGGGUUGUUUCUAGACAGACUUUGGUAUCAAUUUAAAACCAAGAUAAUUUUUAUAUUCUUUCCAAUAGAAUUUCAUGACAACAACUGCAGUUUUCUUAACCUACAAAAAAAAAAAAAAGUGCUGCAAUGAUGAACAAAGAAUUAUACAAAACCUACUUUUGUAUCUUUAUUUUGGAAUUUCUUGUUCUAUUAUAAAUAUGGAAGUAUCCCUAUUUCAGAAGACAUAUUUUGUUAAAAAUGAAUUGUACAUAUUUAAAUAUGUAUUUUUGCACAGGUCUUUUUUUCUGAUAUCCUGUUUUGGUACAAUUGAGAUCAUCUAGUAUUUAUUUAUUAAUUAAUAAAAGUAAAUACCUUUUUAUAAUUUGAAGUGGUUCACUGCCAAGCCGAUAGUCCUAGGACCUGCCUCCUUCACAGUUGAAGGUUUGCCUCUGUGAAAGUGAAAGCCGUUUUGUCCCUUUAAUGUCCCGGGAGUGGAUUCAGACAGAUGAAGUGGGCAUUGCUUCUCCCUAGUUGCCUGAUUUCCCGAUAGACUACAUGUAACUAAGUGACACACUGCUUUUCUUUUGUUAGUGUUUUGUGUGUGAGUGUGCGUGCGCGUGCGCCUGUGUGUGUGUAUGUGUACCCUCUGAGCACAUGUGUGUUCGUAUGUGAUGUGGUUUAAAACUAAUGGAAACAAACUGAAAGUGCCUGAACCUAGUUUUAAGCUUAGACAGAUUCUCUUUAAAAAGACUUGAAUGUUCAGUUGAACUUUUGGAGUUUGCUUUUUCCACCUAAAUAUUGUUUCUAAAAUUUUAGGGGAGGAAUUGAAAACCACCAAUGCUGGUAAUUUUAUAAGGUAUUUUAAAAUUCAGACCUUUUGGUUCCCAGUAAUUCAACUAGUGAUGGAUUGCCCCGUGGCACCAAGGGUUACAAAUCUUUUUGUCAGCCAGCAACUUACACAAUGUGUCCGUUUUGUUACUCACUCAUGAAAUACAGAGUUUAAAAUAGAAUAUUUAAAAUAUUUUGUAUUCCAAAAAUAUAAUACAAAGUACCUCUGAGGACAUUGAAAACAAAAUGUAUAAUUUGAAAAAUGUAACUUAAACAGGCAGCUGUCUUCCUGCAAGAGUUCUGUUGCCAAGCGGUUUCUUAAUCUCUCUCAUCUGUCCUGGGGGAUGAAGUUGGACUUUGGAAAAUGAUUGUUAACAGUUUCAUUGUUUAGCAGAAAAUAAUCAUUUUUACAUUUUGUGCAAAACAUUUUACAUUUUCAGAUCAUUUAAAUGAGCACUACAUACUGUCAGUGUGAAUGUAGGGCCUUGAAAGCAUUUUGCUGUUUUUCUUUGAGCUUGGUUAUAAAAGCAAUCUCCUGUGUUAAAAUGUGUGAAUAGUUUGAUAAUUUGUACACAUAAUCAAGAGCAUCUCAGCUGGACUUUGUGUUGGCUGCUGUAUAGAACAUGAACAAAUGUCAAGGGAUAGAAAAUUACUUUGGAUAUUUAAAAGAGAAGAAAUAUAUAGUCUAUUUGUUUUGUAACAAGUUUCUGUAAAUAAAAUAAUUUAUACUAUUUAUAAGAAAAAGUUGUGCUUUGCUUUAUGAGAAAUCAGUUUGUGGAACAAACAUGUUACUAAACGGGCAAUAAAAUGAGGACUUCUCAAUAAAUAAGGUGGCUGCAUGAA